GCGCAUCCGUGAGAUUCAUGAAAGGAUGCUAAUAGAAUAGGUUUCACACCACACUAAAGCCAAUUAGUCCCUCUCUUCUCCCUUUCCUUUUCUCUAUCCAAUAAUAGAGCUUUAGAAGAAAGAAAGAAAGCCAUGCAAGCAUGUUCCUCCUCAGACGCUCCACUCUCCAAGAGGUUAGAUGGCAAAGUAGCACUCAUAACCGGCGGAGCCAGUGGCAUCGGUGAAGCCACCGCCAAGCUUUUCCUUCGCCACGGUGCCAAGGUCGUCAUCGCCGACAUCCAAGACAACCUCGGACACUCCCUAUGCCAAAGUCUCAAUUCCUCCGACAAAAACAACAACGACGACAUUUCCUAUGUUCACUGCGACGUCACCAACGACAAAGACGUCGAAACCGCCGUCAACGCUGCCGUCUCGCGACACGGCAAGCUCGACAUCCUCUUCAGCAACGCCGGCAUCACGGGCCGUUCCGACUGUUCUAACUCCAUCACGGCCAUCGACAGCGGUGACCUGAAGAGGGUCUUCGAGGUGAACGUCUUCGGUGCCUUCUACGCCGCCAAACACGCCGCUAAGGUCAUGAUUCCCAGAAAGAAAGGGAGCAUUGUUUUCACUGCUAGCAUCGCUUCUGUGUCGAAUGCGGGUUGGGCGCACCCGUACGCGGCGUCGAAGAACGCAGUGGUGGGUUUGAUGAAGAACCUGUGCGUGGAAUUGGGGAAACAUGGAAUCAGAGUUAACUGUGUUUCGCCCUAUGCGGUGGGGACUCCAAUGCUGACACGUGCGAUGAGGAUGGAGAAGGAGAAAGCAGAGGAGAUAUAUUUGGAGGCGGCGAACUUGAAGGGAGUGGUUUUAAAGGAAAAGGAUGUGGCAGAAGCAACUUUGUUUUUGGCUAGUGAUGAGUCAAAAUACGUGAGUGGAGUGAAUCUAGUUGUGGACGGAGGUUAUACUACCACCAAUUCUUCUUCCAAACAAGCUUUCACAAAGUUUUCUUUUAAUGUUUAAGCCCAAAUUGUAAGUUUCAAUUUCAGGGUUACUUCGACCAAAAGUUGUUCUGUUUUUAAUUUAAAAAAUAAUUAAGUGAAUGGUUUUUUGAGAAAGUAAA